AAUAAAUGUGUUUAUAUUGAACGGCAUUGAAUAUUGGAAAGUAGCAAUCCAAACUUUUUUUAACGUUAAUUUAUGACUUGAUUGUUUUUUUAUGUCAAAUUACGUGGUUAUAAGUUUGCGAGCGAAUACUGUUAUUCAGUGGGGCAAUUUAAUUGCCCAUGCUUCUUGAUUUUGGAAAAUCGAGCGAUAACACGUUAUUUAGUUGGUAUGUAUAUAACUAAAGAUGUAAAUCUAGUAAAACAGAAUGCUAAUUAAACCGAUCGGAUCAUAGAUUAUGGAAUCUUGCGUUCAUUUCAAGUCUAGUAGUAAAUCAGCCGAGUUCCAUAGCAAAUUUCGUUUGAUUUGCACCCUUAUUCACAGUCAUCGAAUCGAUCUGGAGGAACUUUCUUAUGCCAAAGUAAAUAAUUUGCAAUCAACCAUUGAAGAAUUUGUAUAAUGAUACUUUAUUAAUUGUCUCUUAAUAAUUUUCCUUGAUUUAUAUUCAUUAUUUGUCUUAACAGGGAAUAUCAUGUAAAGUAUGCCGGAAUAAAUUGGCAAAGAAUCUUUUUUUAUGCAUGUCUUGUGUUACCGUUUUGUGCUUUCGACGUCACCUUCACGAACAUACAUUGGAGGAAAGAGAUCAUCAAUUUGCGAUUAAUCUAUCAACAACAAGAAUAUAUUGCACGACUUGUUGUCGUGUUAUUUAUAGUGAUAAGUUUAUGAAAGAGUCGCUAAAAGUUAAGAAUAGCGUUAUUUAUAAGUGUACGGAAGAGAAGAAUAGCCGUGUGUCAAAGAAGGAUGUUGCCACAGCAACAGAUUACGAUUUUCCAAUAAAAGUGGAACGGAAAGCUAUCAGUAAAAUCAAAGUGGAAGACGUAGAAAAACCGAUUAGUAAUGGUAGAAAGGACGAUGACUAUUGCUUAUAUUCUCAAUUUUGGUAUCCGAAUACUUAUAAAGAGCGUAUACUAAUCAAAGCAGAAUCUACAACAGAUUACCGGCCUGAUUUGUAUAGUGGUAUAAGGGGAAUGUACAAUAUGGGAAAUGCCUGUUAUAUGCUGUCAUUAGUCCAAGUCUUUAUACAUACUCCAACAAUGCGAGAUUUCUUUCUAAGCGGUGCUCACGAAUGUUUAGGUUCCGAUGAAAAAGGUCAUACAAUUCGAAAAUGUAUUUUCUGUAUCUUUAAGGAUCUUUUUUCAAAAUUUUACGAUUAUGGAGUAUCCAGUAUUAUUGCUGAAAACCUUCAAUAUAAAUUAAUGGAAAAUGGUAUGAUCGGUAUGCAGGAUUGUCAUGAGUUUUAUUCAUGCGCAACGCAUAUGCUGCACGAACACAGAGUUGUCGAAAAACGACAGAUUGACGAUAAUACUAAUCCGUGUCUUGUCGACAAGGAAUCGGCCGACAAAUUGAAAUGCAAAUGUAUAAUAGAUUUAACAUUUGGAGGAGUUCAAUUGUCAACUCUUACGUGUGUACAAUGCGGAGAACAAUCAACUAAAGAAGAUCCGUUCCUAGAAAUACCGCUUGUUAUACCCAAACACGAAACUGAAAAACCAACGGAUAUAACGUUAGAACGUUGUUUAAAACUAUAUACUCAUCCUGAAGAUUUGGAAGGUAGUGGUAAAAGAUGCGAAAAAUGCAAUGGCCUCUGUCAGAAACAGCUAUUGUUAAAGCAUCUUCCUCAAGUAUUGGUUUUACAGAUAAAGCGUUUCAAUUAUGAGAAGAAUACUCGAGUUGGUAUGAAACUGCAUGACAUUGUUAAAUUCAAUGAAGAAUUAAACUUGACACCUUUUACACACAACUCAGAGAGUAAUCGGAACAGCAGCGCAAAGUAUUUAUUAUACGGAGUUAUUGUACAUGUUGGUGCAAAUAUGUAUGAUGGUCAUUACAUAGCUUUUAUAAAGCAUCAACUGGGUGAUUGGUUUGAAUGUAAUGAUGCUCAAGUUUAUAAAGUUGGUCAAGAGGACGUUUUCGCAGCUCAAGCCUAUUUAUUAUUUUAUAUGAAAUGCCCUAUGGACACGACGGCACCAAAACUUGAAAGAUUACCACAACCAGUUAACGAAAGUUUUCAAUCGGAUGAAGAUGAGCUAAACGAUUCAAACGAAUCUUCAUCAUCUGCUUACCGUAAAAGACGAAAAUUAUCAAAAGAGAUUAAGGAAACAAAAGCAAUUACUAAUUCAAAUAUUAUCAAUAAUCCCAUUAACGAUAAAUCGGCAAUAAUAACGACUCCGUUAAAGAAAGAACCAACGCGAAAAGAAAGGAGGAAUAAUAAAAGAAAGACUAGAAGUAGUAAAAAACAAUCUGAUAGUAAAAUUUCGAAGGUUUUUAACGAAGAUGAUAACGAACAAGAGAAUAAGAAUGAACAAAGUAACUAA